UGUCCAGCCUUUCUUUUGCAAUAGCAAGUUACUUAUCAAUUAAUCUCUCCUGCCCCUUUCAGACACAACAGCAAUGCAGAAUGAAACUGACUGAUGACGCAGUGGAAACAAUCCUUUGCAUGGCAUAUAAAGUCAGAUCAGGCUUAAUUGUAACAUCACUAGUCACAUCUCGACCAUAGGCUUUUGUUAGAAGAGUACAAGAGAAUAAUGGAUGUCAUUUUCAAGGAGGGGAUGCUGUACCUUCAGGGGGUUAAGUUUGGAAAAAGAACCUGGAAGAAAACAUGGAUGAUGCUGUUCAAGCCCAGCUCCUCAGGGAUCGGCCGGAUGGAGCUCUAUAGCAUCCGUGAUACCUUUGAUGUCAUUUCUCAACAAAAGAAGCCCGCCCAGAAGAAGCUAUCGGAGAAGCGGGUAGUGCGUCUAAGUGACUGCCUCAGUGUCACCCCUGCACCAGAUGAAUCUUGCCCCCCAGGGUGCAAGGCCCUCUACUUGAACACCACCCAAUGCACAUACACCUUGGCCUCUGCCACAUGCCAGGAGUGGCUCACUGCUCUCUGCCAUCUAGCCUUCCAGAGGGAUCCUGGAGAAUUAAACAAAGAGAUUUUGGAAAGGGGACAUGGCUUGCCUAUGGAGGACAAUGACCUCUACUCAUCUUGGAAAACAGGUCCGAAACCCCGUCCAGACCAGUACCAUGUCACAGUCCAGACCUCAGAGGCAUCAAGGAGGUGCAAGUUAGCUGGGGAGUACCUGUUCUCCUGGGACGCAGAGGCUGUGUCUCUGUUGGACAGCAAUACUGGUCAAAUCAUCUACCGUUGGCCAUACCGACUCCUGCGCAGAUUUGGACAGUUCAAGGGGGGAUUCAGUAUUGAAGCAGGCCAUCGCUGCGAUUCAGGAGAGGGAACAUUCACCUUCUUGUCCAAGCACGCAUCUCAGAUCUACCAGGCUAUAGUUCAGCAGUGCUUAGUGGAGGGGAAGGCAAGGGCCUCUCCUGUCCAAUCCCCCAAACUCUAUACUAGGUCAACAUCUGACAGAUCUCCUGUUCAACUGCCAACCCCAAUCAGCCGAUCUACUAACUCUCCAGUUUGCAGUCCGGCAGAUGUUCCUGCUCACACAAAGGACGAACUUGCUGGAGAACUCUAUGCUACUAUAAACCACAGCCCUAAAUCGGUCGUCAGAAAAUCAUCUCUCAUCAGACCUCAUCGUCCCUGUAGCACAGACUUUGGGGGAGAGGAAGGUGAGGAUAAAAAUGGAUUGUGUCCAUUCCUGGAUCCCCUAAACCUGGACGAUGAUGAUGAUGAUAAUGAUGAUGAUGAUGAUGAUAGUGAUGAUGAUGGGGAAGAUGGUAUUUAUCACAACCUGAGGAGACCUGAGAUGCUGACUGUGAUGAAAAAUGAGACAGAGCCAGACAGAGACUUUUCAGAGUCCAUCUAUUCCGUGUUGAAAAUUCCCCAGCCACCGUCACGACGUCAGUCAGGGGUCGUUCCCCUCUCCCAACCCCUGCCACCGCCCUUAUCCCUGCCCCAGCUCCCACCUCUGCCUCCUCCCCUUCCCCCAUCCCAGCCUCCACCUCUGCCCCCUUCCUUGCCACAGCUUCCUCCUCUUCCCCCAUCCCAGCCUCCACCUCUGCCCCCUUCCUUGCCACAGCUUCCUCCUCUUCCCCCAUCCCAGCCUCCACCUCUGCCGCCUCCCUUUCCCCAGCUUCCACCUCUUCCCCCAUCCCAGCCUCCACCUCUGCCCCCUCCCUUGUCCCAGCUUCCACCUCUUCCCCCAUCCCAACCUCCACCUCUGCCCCCUCCCUUGUUCCAGCCUCCGUCUCUUUCUCUCUCCCAACCUCUUUCCAAGCCCAAUCCCCUUUUUCAGCUCCAAUCAUUUUCUUAUAACCCACUCAGUCCCCAGUCUCAGUCCCUUGCAGUCCAGCCUUAUCAACCCCAGGAUCGGGGCAAAACCCAGGCACAGACAGGAGAUGAGGUGGAGGAGGGGGUGGAGGAGGCUCCCUCUAGUGCCCCCACAGAGAAGCCUGUCAGUUUUAAACAGAAGUUGUCAGAAAUCAUUGCUAAGGACCUGGCAAAGUUCCAGUAUCCUGUUCCGCUUGGAGGGGGCAGCCCCCCAGUUUCUCACUAUUAAGUCAGAGACAGAGACAGACUAGAGGGAGGUAUUUUACAUUGAUUUUAACACAACCCUUUCAUUUAUGCAUGGUCAACUAACUGCAAAAGUUGAGAAUAGUUAUAUGAUUGAUAAAAAGUGCAAAA